AUGGCUCCAUCAUCAGUUGCAAAAACAGCUCAAUUAGCAGCUCAAGCUUUGAAAUAUCAAUCAGGUAAACAAUGUAUAAAAUCUUCAUCAUCAAUAAGUCAUUAUCAAUCAAUGAGAAUGAAUACUAUAUUAGGGUCACAAUCUUUAAUGAGUUCACGUUUUAACAAUUCCAAAUCAGGACCACAAGAAAUGACAAUUAGAGAUGCAUUAAAUUCCGCAUUAGCAGAAGAAUUAGAUGCUGACGAUUCAGUAUUUUUAAUGGGUGAAGAAGUUGGUCAAUAUAAUGGUGCUUAUAAAGUAAGUAGAGGUUUAUUAGAUAGAUUUGGUGAAAGAAGAGUUAUUGAUACACCAAUUACUGAAAUGGGUUUUACUGGUUUAGCUGUUGGUGCUGCUUUACAUGGUUUAAAACCAGUUUUAGAAUUUAUGACUUUUAAUUUUGCCAUGCAAGCAAUUGAUCAUAUUUUAAAUUCAGCUGCAAAAACUUAUUAUAUGUCAGGUGGUACUCAACCAUGUAAUAUUACAUUUAGAGGUCCAAAUGGUGCAGCAGCUGGUGUUGCAGCUCAACAUUCUCAAUGUUAUGCAGCAUGGUAUGGUGCAAUUCCAGGUUUAAAAGUUUUAUCACCAUAUUCAGCAGAAGAUUAUAAAGGUUUAUUAAAAGCAGCUAUUAAAGAUCCAAAUCCUGUUGUAUUUUUAGAAAAUGAAAUUGCUUAUGGUGAAUCAUUCCCAAUGAGUGAAGAAGCUUUAAGUUCAGAUUUUGUUUUACCAAUUGGUAAAGCUAAUAUUGAAAGAGAAGGUAAAGAUCUAACAAUUGUUGGUCAUUCAAGAGCUGUUAAAUUUUGUGUUGAAGCUGCUGAAAAAUUAGAAAAAGAAUAUGGCGUUUCAGCCGAAGUUAUUAAUUUAAGAUCAAUUAAACCAUUAGAUGUUCCAACUAUUGUUGAAUCUGUUAAAAAAACUAAUCAUUUAAUUACUGUUGAAAAUGGUUUCCCAGCAUUUGGUGUUGGUUCUGAAAUUUGUGCUCAAAUUAUGGAAUCAGAAGCUUUUGAUUAUUUAGAUGCUCCAGUUGAAAGAGUUACUGGUUGUGAAGUUCCAACUCCAUAUGCUAAAGAAUUGGAAGAUUUUGCUUUCCCAGAUACUGAAGUUGUCAUGAGAGCUUCAAGAAAAGUUUUAGCUUUAUAA